CAAGGCCAGGCUACUCAUUUCCAAGAUGGCGUCCAUCGCAGAGCAAAUAAGAAGCCUUUCUCGUCCAGAACCAACGCAUUUUGACCCCGAGGAAGACGAUUUUGAUAUCACAAGAGCUAAGCUAGUUAGUAAAGAUGAUAAUGAAGAGUUAGAUGGUGAAAAAUUGGACUCAAGCUCCUUGAGAAAGAAGAAUAUUGCGCUUUUAGCGGACGAAGACAGCAAGUAUCAUGGCAGGCCUGUGUCGAGGGGUGAAAUCGCUAGAAUGAGAGGAGACUUUCAAGACAGCGAUGAAUCACUAGAAGAUGAUGAGGAAGAUGACAGUGAUGAAAGAGAAGAGAUUGAAUCAGAUGAUGAUGAUGGAAUAAAAGAAAAAGAAAACAGAGAGGAAAGCAAUGAAAAUGAGAAGGAUGUUGAAGAUGAUGAUGACGAUGAAGAUGAUAGUGAAGUUGAUUGUGAUGAUAGUGAUGAAGAUGAUGAUGAUGUUGAAAAUGGAAGAGGUCUUAAUGAUGAAGAAGAAGAAGGCAGAGGUAUAGACAGUUUUUCAUCAUCAAGAAGAGAAGAUGAAAUAGAAAAAGGAAUAGCAGUCAAACAACAACUCAGUCUAUGGGACAGUAUACUUGAAUAUCGUAUCAGGAUACAGAAAGCCAUGAUGUUGGCCAAUAAAUUACCCCAGUCAGACAAUAUUAAUGUAUUCACAAGUUCAAAUGAUAUUAACCUGAAAUCUGUGAAAGACAAAGAGAGGAAAUCCUUGAUGGAUUUUUUGUACAAGUUACUUAAGGUGCAAGAAAAGUUACUGGAAGGAAAUCCAGAGACAAGAAGUAUUUUACAUCCUGGAAACAAAAAUGGUAAACAAGAUAGUGAAGAUGAUGAAGAAAUACCCAGUGAUAGCGAAGGAGAAGAUGAGAAAAAGAAGUCAGACGAAGAAGAAGAAGAAUCAGAAAAUAUUCCUAGUUUAAAAUUACCAGCAAAGAGAAAAAGAGACCUGACCCAAGAGGAAUUAAGUGAAUGUAUUACCAAACGGCAUGCUGCUUUUCAGAGCUAUCGUGAUUCAGUCAUCUCGAAGUGGAGUGAAAAAACGAGGCUUGCUUCAGGGAAACUCAGCAGUAAGUCAUUCAGUGCUUUUGACAAGUCAGCUCUCACACAAAUUAAACAGAUUUUGAGUGAUAAACCAAGAUUAAUAAGAAGAACUCAGCUAAAAAGAAGUUCUUACAGAGUUUUGGGGAAAACUGAUAAAGAUGCAUCAACUGGAACAGAGACAGAGGAACAAGCAAAUGCUCAUCUUAAAGACUACGACAGUGAAAUAUUUGAUGAUGAUGAUUUUUAUCACCAACUCCUGCGUGAACUGAUAGAGAGACGGACGACCACAAACACUGAUGAUCCCAUUGAAAUGGGAAGGCAAUGGUUAGAAUUACAAAAAUUAAGGCGCAAAAUAAAGAAGAAAAUUGACACGAAGGCGAGCAAGGGAAGAAAACUAAGGUACAAUGUUCACAGCAAGUUGGAAGGAUACAUGCCUCCUAUCGAGACUGGAACCAUGCCAGAUUCAUCAAGAAACGAGCUGUUCUCGUCACUGUUUGGACAAAGCAAAACGCAGACAGAAAUAUUUGACUUGGACGUAUUCAGAUAACAUUUACAUUGAUCAGUAUUUACGAUAAAAAAUCUACUCAAUAAAAUAGUUUGUACCUCA